AUGCCAUCCCUCAGCAUAUUGUCCACCUUGCUGAGCCUGGCAUUGUCGAGAACGGCUCUCGCUGCUUCUGGCGCCGACUGGAGAUCGAGGACCAUCUAUCAAAUCGUCACCGACCGAUUCGCGCGAACAGAUGGCUCAACUACGGCGGCUUGCGACACAGGCACGGGCGACUACUGCGGCGGCUCAUGGCAAGGCAUCAUCGACCAACUCGACUACGUACAGAACAUGGGCUUCGAUGCCAUUUGGAUAUCGCCUGUGACACAACAACUCGACGGCCUCACCGCAGACGGCGCCGCAUAUCAUGGGUACUGGCAGACGAACAUCGACGCUGUGAACCAGCACUUCGGAUCCGCCAGCGACAUUCAGAAUCUGGCGGCGGAGCUUCACUCGCGCAAUAUGUACUUCAUGGUUGACAUUGUGGUUAAUCAUUAUGCCUGGUCUGGAGCGCCCGACACCGUCGACUACAGCACAUUCGGCCCCUUCAACAACCAGAACUACUUCCACUCGUACUGCGCAAUCGACUUCAACGACAUUUCCAACACGACUCAAAUCGAACAAUGCUGGAUGGGCGACACCAUCGUGCCUCUGCCCGAUCUCAAGACUGAAGUUCAGAAUGUAUCGUCUGUCUGGAAUUCGUGGAUCGGCGACCUCGUCUCCAACUAUUCGAUCGACGGCCUGCGCAUCGACUCCCUGAUGGAGGUCAAUACCGGCUUCUGGUCCGGGUUCCAGCAAAACGCCGGUGUCUACUCCCUGGGAGAGGUUUACAAUGGAGACAGCACGUUCGUCUGCGGCUACCAGGACUACGUACCAGGUGUCUUCAACUACGCGAUGUACUUCCCGAUGAUCGCAGCCUUCCAGAGCACGACAGGCAGCAUUGGUGACCUCGCCAACAUGAUCGAUACCAUCAAGAGCUGCCCGGACACCUCCAUGCUCGGGACGUUCAGCGAAAAUCAUGACCAGCCACGCUUCGCCUCGCUCAAUUCCGACAUGUCCCUGGCGAAGAACAUCAUCGCCUUCACCAUGCUUACGGAUGGCAUCCCGGUCAUCUACCAGGGCCAGGAACAGCACUUCGUGGGCACUGGCGGUGGAUCGACGCCCUACAAUAGGGAGGCCCUCUGGUUGUCAGGCUACAACACGGAAGCGGAACUGUACACGCACGUCACCCAGCUCAACGCCGCCCGGCACGCCGCGAUCAACGCCGACGACACGUACACCACGACCCAAAAUAGCCACAUCUACUACGACUACACCAACCUGGCGAUGCGCAAGGGCGACAUGGUGACCGUCGUCACGAACGUCGGUUCCACGGGUUCAAACUACACCCUCGACAUCCCCUCCGGCUACGCCGCCAACACGGGCGUCACGGAACUCCUGACCUGCGAUACCCUGACCACGUCGAGUAAUGGCACCCUCACCGUCCCCAUAAGCGCCGGCCUCCCGCGCGUCUACUACCCGACCGCCAGCCUCUCCGGCUCGGACGUCUGCACGUCGAGUAGCAAGAAACUCAAGCGCUCGCGACACUUCCGGCUCGCAGCCGAGUCAUGA